GCGUGAAGAAAAUGUUCUUUAUGCUUUGAUGAUAUGUUGGAAGGAGAUUUGUUCGCAUACUUUCAAAAUACAAGUCUGUAUAAUCUUGACUGUUUCUCUCACCAGACUACAGAUGUUGUGCAAGUAUUUUCACAAUCUGGACGUAAAGGGAAAGGCACUUCUUGCUGAUGAAACACUCCUCCAGAAUAUAGUCGAAAAUAUUCAUUCUAUUCAUAAUGAGCUGUGCUCCACAUGUAUGGAUAUCAAUAACAUUUUUGGUGUCCAAACUUUGAUGUUCUUCGUGAAAGCGCUAACAGCCGGAGUAGGGACAAUGUACGCCGCAUUACUCCUGAAAAAUGAACUCAACUUGAUAGCAGGUCUGAAAUUAUUGACACUUUUCCAUUGGAUCGUUUGGAGGAUGUUCUGUUUGACGAUGAUGGCCUAUUUAUACCAUUCCAUAUUACAACAGGUUUCUGGAAUAAAAAAAAUAAUUCACAAAAUACUCCGCAAAGCCAGAGGUCAACCACUGAGAGCAACGCUACGAAUAUUUGCUUUGCAUGAAAUGAACAGAAAUUUGCAGUUCACAGUUUGUGGUUUAUUCUCGAUAGACUUGACGAUGAUACAAAUGGCUAUUGCAUCUAUAGCGACAUACGUACUUCUCUUGAUACAAUUGAGGGCAUCUUGAUGAGAGGCAAUGAUUUUUUGAUGGGUGGAAUAAUCUCCAGCUC